AUGCGCAAGAACAGUAAGCUGGCUCUGAGCGCCUGGUCCCCGGAGCUGGGGUUAGGCAGCGAGAAGGCGCUGCCGGUGGCCGCUGUGUCCACUGGCCCCUCCCUGGAAUUAUGCACCUUCCCCUCCACGCUGGGCUCCUCGGUCGCGGCCGACGCUCUUGAGCAGCUCCUUGUUGUGGAACAAUCACUGCAAAGUGACUAUUUUAAAUGCAAUGAAGAAGCUAAGAACUUUCUUAAGGACGUUGCUAUCGCUGUUAAGAAAUUGGAAGAAAUGAGAAAGUCCACAAUAGAGCUUCUGGAAAUUGAAAGCAUGGAACUCAGCAGAUUAUAUUUUCUAUUGGAAACUCUUCCCACUAGUGUUAGCAGAGAACUGGAAGAAUGUGUCAGGGAUGCUCGCAGAGGGAAUCUUGUUGAGAUAAGUGAACUACACACAAAAAUUACAAGGAUAAAUGAUGAAAUGGAGUUUCUGAAGAAGAAAAUACUCCAUCUGCAAACAGAUAAUACAGCUCUAGGGGAAAGGCAAGAGGAGCUAGCGAAGCAUUAUGGAAAGGUUGUCCUGUCACUUAACCAUGCAAUGAAAGAAAAAGCCACUAUCACUAUUUACAUCAAUGAGACUUAUACCAAAAUUAACUCAGAGAAGAAAGAACUAGAAUUGCAAAAAACAUAUAUUCAAGAAAUAGAGGAGCAAAUAGAAAGAGAAAGAGCAGAAUAUUUGAAGAAAAAAGAAAAAUUGACUCAAGAGAUUGAAGAAUAUAAAAAACUCUGUGAACUUAAGAGAAAGGAAACUUUCGCAAAGAAGAAAGAAUUGGAUAAAUUAAGGCUUACAAUGACAAAAAUGAAAGAAACUGUUACUACAAGCACAGUGGUUCUUAGUGAUCACAAUUUAGAACUAGCACGACUACAGGAAUCAAUAAGACAGUGGGAAGAAAAGGUUGAAGACAUGAAGAAAUCUUGUAAGAUCCUGGAGGAUAAAAUGCUUUUUUUUAAGAAUAACAAGGAAAAACUGGAUGAUUCAUCAAAUUCUGAAAAAAGUGAAUUAUUGCUGAAGAUAAAACAGAUGGCUGAAAAGUUACACAAAUGUCAUUUAGACAACAAAGCUCUACGAGAGAAAUUGCAAACAGUUUCCACACAAUAUAAGAUUGUCUUAAAUGAAGAGGAUAAAGUUUUCAUGCAGAAACGGAGAAUUUAUUCUGAAAAUCAAAAACAACUGGCAUUUAUAGCUCAGAAAGAAAACUUCCUAUCAAAAAGAAAAGUAGACAUCAAAAAUAUGGAAGAAGGACUUAUCACUCUCGGUGAGCUUCAUCGGGCAACAAAGGAAAUAUAUCGGAAACAAAUAAAAAUCCUGAAUGAGAACAUGGAAAGAGAAACUCAGAGAUGUAUUAUAGCUCAGUGGAAAAUAGCUUGUUUGCGAAAAAAACAUGCGCGUUGGAUCAAAAAUAUAAAAGAUGAAAUAAAAGAACUUAUAGAUAAAAUUCAAGAAGCUGAAAAUAGGCGCAAUGAAUUAAUAGAAGAGACCAAUAUUAGACAACAUGAUAUCAACGAGUUUGUGGCACAGAUUGAACAACUUACAUUAGAAUUAAAACAAGAGGAGGAUGAAUUUGUUAUCAAAGAACAAAAGUUAAUUCAAGAAUUAAGCAAGUUUGAACAAAGAUUCGCUGAAGAAGCGCAAAUUAGCAAAGAAAAGGAAGUUGAGUUAGUCGAGUGUCUUCCACAGCUUCAGGUGGCAGAAGAAGAAUUCACGUACAAAAACAGAAAAUUUGAAAAUCUCAUUGAAACUGUUACAGCACAAAAAAAUGAACAAAAUUUACUGAAUAAUAAUAUUUCUCAACUUACAAGAGACUUUAUAAGAUACAUUAACAACACGAAGAAACUGAAGCAGGAGUUGAAACAGUUAAGAGAGCAUGAAAGCUAUAAAACCAAAGCUCAUUUUGAAACUGUAAAAAGCUUAGAAAAUGAAAUCUAUUUACAUGACCUAAAAACAGAUGCUUUGAUCCUGGAAAAUGAAAGAUUAAAAGAGUAUAUUGCAUACCUAAAGGACACCAUAGAGCAAUACAAAAGGGGAGAAGAAGACUUAAUGCGCUCCUCAAGUGACCUGUCCUGUCAGCUGACAGAUCUUCAGACACAAUAUUCGGAUUUGUGGGCUGAAUUUUGGACUACACUUAAGGAACUGGUAGAAAGUGCUAAUGAGAUCUUGAGAGAAAUAAAAAAUCUGAUAGACAAGCUGUGUGAAAGAGAUGAAAAAAUUGAGCAAAUCAGUAUUUUGCUUCAAUCAGACCUUGAAGAGAUGCGUAGUCUUAUGGAACAGGAAUCGGAGACAAACUUUCUCAAAAAGAAGAAACAGCGUCCUGUUAAAGUAAUCCACGUCCCAGCAGUUCAAUGUAGUAUGAAAAAAACAUCAACGAAGAAAAGCUAACAAAAUACUGGACACAACUGCCGUGAAUUCAAAAGGAGAGGAAUAACCUGAGGAUAUCUUCAACGAAACUACCUAAAAACAAAAAACCUGUUAUAUAAAUUAUGCUCUAUUUUUGUAAUAGAUCAAAAUACUGUAUUGGUGAAAAUAAAU